AUGACAAGCCAAGAUAACGGUUCUAAGAACCCUGCUGCCAAGUUAUUGGGUAGAAAACGGUCACCUAUUGAGAGAGUUGUCCCCUCUGAGGAGGAAUCAUCAUCAGAAUCAGAACAAUCCAUUGUAGCUAUGGUCAAAGAAAUGGAAACUGAGACUACAGAGGCCCGUGAUAAGCUGAUUCAUGAAUGUAGAAUACUGUUAGAAAGAGAUGAUUUGAACACAUUAGAUAAGGAGUUCCAUAAAAAGUUUUUGGAUUCUCCAUUCUCCCACCAAUUGCCGCCAGGAAUGGUUGCACUGGAUGCAUCAGCACCUUGGCUACUUUAUUGGGUAGCUAAUGGUCUUCGAGUUAUGAAUCCGAGUUGGUUAGAGAGAGAGACUCAACGUCGUAUCCAGGAGAAGGUGUUUAGAAUUAAUCCUCAUGGGGGACCCUUUGGUGGUGGUAUGGGACAACUGCCGCAUCUUGCUGGUACUUAUGCCAUUGUUAAUGCAUUAGCGAUCUGUGAUAAUACCGAUGGUUGUUGGGAUAAAAUAAACAGGAGUUCCAUUUAUAAUUGGUUAUUGACACUGAAGAGAGAAGACGGCGGAUUUCAAACCUGCUUUAGGGUCGGAGAAUACGAUACCAGAGGUGUAUACUGUGCCAUAAGUGUAGCCUCUACACUUGGUUUACUAACACAAGAGCUGUGUGAGAAUGUAGUAGAAUUUUUGGUUCAUUGUCAAAAUUACGAAGGUGGAUUCGGUGGUGUACCUCAUGAAGAUGAAGCACACGGUGGAUACACUUUCUGUGCAGUAGCUAGUUUAGCUAUUUUGGGAGCUUUAGAUACGAUCAAUGUGGAAAAAUUGGCAGAUUGGUGUAGUCAAAGACAAUAUAAUGAUGAGAAAGGUCUUUCAGGUCGGAGUAACAAAUUGGUAGAUGUCUGCUACAGUUUCUGGGUCGCUGGGACCGCAGCUAUUCUAGAAGCUUAUGGCCAUGGUAAUUGUAUCGAUAAAGCUGGACUCAAGGAGUAUAUUUUAAAAUGUUGCCAAAUGACUACUCGUCCAGGCAUCAGAGAUAAACCCGGAACUAAGCCAGAUUUCUAUCAUACGAAUUACGGACUACUGGGUGUUGCCAUUACUGAAAACACUUUCCAAUUGGAUCCAAGUGUACCCAACGCCUUAAAGAUCAACUCUUCUGCCAUAAACCCUGAUGAUAAUUCAGGACUGGAGUCUAUAAACCCCGUUUACGGCCUACCCAGUAGGGAUUUAGAAACAUUCUACAAGCAUUUCAAAUAA